UUCAAAAUGUGAAAUCAAUUGAGCUCAACAGCCUCAGCCUCCCUCUCAUGGCAGCAGCAGCUCCCCGCAUUCUUCUCUGCGGCGAUGCCCGCGGCCGCCUCGCCCAGCUCUUCAAACGCGUUUCCUCCGUGAACAAAUCAGCUGGGCCGUUCGACGCGCUUCUGUGUGUUGGCCAGUUCUUCCCCGACGCGCCGGAGCAGCUGGAGGAGUUUAAUGACUACGUCGAAGGCCGCUCCAAAAUCCCUAUUCCCACUUACUUCAUCGGCGAUUACGGCAUUGCCGCCCCCAAAACUCUGGGAGCUGCGGCCAAGGAUUCCGCUAAUCUAGGGUUUAAGAUGGAUGGGUUAAAAGUCUGCGAGAAUUUGUACUGGUUGAGAGGCAGCGGGAAGUUUCUUCUCGACGGUUUAUCUGUGGCAUACUUAUCUGGUAGGCAAUCUGCAAACAGUCAACAAUUUGGAACAUACAGCCAAGACGACAUCGAUUCAUUAAGGGCAUUAAUUGAGGAGCCAGGAAUUGUUGAUGUAUUUUUGACUAAUGAAUGGCCAAUUGGGGUCACAAAUGGAGCUGCUUCAUCUGGUAUUCCUUCUGGGAUGGAUCUAUCUGUUGGCGAUUCAAACAUCUCAGAAUUGGUAGCUGAAAUUAAACCUCGCUACCAUAUUGCAGGAAGUGCUGGUGUCUACUAUGAUCGUGAACCUUAUGCUAACAUUGGUGCUGUUCAUGUGACUCGUUUUAUAGCCCUUGGUCCAGUUGGGAAUAAAGAUAAACAGAAGUUCAUCCAUGCGCUUUCACCUACUCCAGCUUCCAAAAUGUCUGCUUCUGAGCUUUGCACUAAACCACCAAAUACUACUUUGUCUCCAUAUUCAUUAGAAAAAGAAAUUGGAUCUGGCAACGGAGCCACAAAAAGAUCUGGGGAAAGUGUUUCUGAUUCCCAGUAUUGGCGGUAUGAUGUCUCUAAAAGGCAAAAGCAUGGAGAUGGUGCUGGUGAUAGGUUAUGCUUUAAAUUUGUAUCCUCGGGGUCUUGCCAAAGAGGCGAUAAGUGCCAUUUCAGGCAUGAUGAAGAUGCACGGGAACAAUCUCUUAGGGGUGUUUGCUUUGAAUUUUUAAAUAAAGGAAAGUGUGAAAGAGGUCCAGAUUGUACAUAUAAGCAUGAAUUAAAGGAAGAAGGCAAAGCAUUGUCUGGCAAGCAAUCUGGUUCAGGAACUGGUAGCUUGAACAGGUCCAAGGAAUGCUGGUUUUGUUUGUCAAGCCCCAAUUUGGAGUCACAUCUAAUCACUAGCAUAGGAGAACACUGCUAUUGUGCACUAGCUAAAGGACCACUAGUGCAAGAUCAUGUGCUGAUAAUACCCAUUGAGCAUUUGCCAAACACCCUAUCUCUACCUCCAGAAUGUGAAAAAGACUUAUCUAAGCUUCGGGGCAGCCUCCAAGCUUGCUUCAAGAGACAAGGAAAGGAAGUUGUUUUCUUUGAAUGGGUUUCUAAGCGUGGAACUCAUGCUAAUCUUCAGGUUGUUCCAAUUCCAACAUCGAAAGCAUCUUCUGUUGAACAAAUUUUCAAUUUAGCAGCCAAGAAGUUGGGCUUUACAUUUGCAACCCUUAAAAAUGACAACUAUAUGGAAGCGCGGAAAUCUCUGGGAAUGCAUCUAAAUAGAAAUCAGAGUUUAUUUUAUGUGGAAGUUCCUGGAGGAACAAUUUUGUCACAUGCUGUUGAGGAGAAUGAAAACUUCCCUUUUCAAUUUGGGCGUGAGGUUCUUGCUGGAUUGUUGAAUAUGGCUGACAAGGCUGACUGGAGGAAUUGCCAGCUUAGUAAAGAUGAGGAAGCUGAAAUGGCAGAGAAGUUUAAGAGACAAUUUAAGGAGUAUGAUCCAAACACCUGAUUCACACAAGUUAAGAUUGCAGGAAUGCAACAGUUUAUCACAUACAAAAUGCCUUACAAAUCGAAAUCGCUUGGCUAUCCAAUGCUGAGUGUUUCUACAAGCAAGUGUGUGUUCCAUACUCAAUUCGGUGGUCGGUGGUCGGUGGUCCUACGUCCAAAAUAGAUAUGUGGAACACCCCUCAAAAUCAUUGAUCUCAAACUUGUAUGUAUUCGAAACUAUUUUUCUUCUUUUCGUUUUUGUAGACUUUUAGGUAGGCGUUUACCAGAACACUUCGGCUUGAAGCUGUUGUUCCUAUUCACAAACUUUAUUUCAAGAAUGAUAGGGAAUGGAACAGCAAAUGCCAGCCUUGAAUUUCUUUUAUCAUCACGAUUAAUCUCUACAUUUUUUUGAACUA